CUUCGUUUGUCGUAUAGUAUAGUAUAGUGUCUUUAAGUUUCUUUUUCUUUCUUUUGUCAAAGCAUUUUAUUCAUUUUUUUUUUAAAUUCUAGUAGCAGCAGUAUUAGUUAGUAGUGGUCGAUCAUUCAAGGAAAAAGAAGAAGAAGUUGAUAAAAGAAUAAGGAAAAUUUUAUUAUUAUUUUCAUUUAUCCCCGCAUUCAAAGUAUUGCUCAACUUUUUUUUUUUUGAAAAAAAAAUCAAUACUAUAUGGUAGGAGUUGGCCUGUUAUUUUUAUAUAUUUUUCCUUACAUCUCAUAUUGCUUCCCCUUUAUUCUCUCAUCAUCAUCAUCAUCAUCAUUAUGAUCAUCAAUACCACCAACAAUGUCCAAUCCAACAACAUAGAUCUUCCUUGUAUAUAAUUUUUUUUUAUUAUUAUAGUUCCAAAAUAGCCGGAGCAGCAUUAGCAGAAGAAGAAAUCAAGUCUAAUAAACAGCAACAGGCAUCUAUCUCAUCUCACAUCACAUACACAACACCCGAUCCGUAAUAAUAAUAAUAAUAAUAUAAUUUUACGAAUGAGCCGUAUUUGAUUUUACCCAUUCCAAUUUUUUUUUUAUCUUUGAAAAAACAAUUUUCGAUUUCUCAUUCGAUUCAAAAUUUAUUCUGUGAUUUUUUUUCAAACAAAAAAAAAAUUAUCUAUCUAUCAUCAACGAAAUUUUUACAUUCUUCAACUUUUGUGAGAAUAUUUUCUGCCAAAGAAAAAAAAAUAUUUUUUCUUCGAUUCAUUCGUCUGUCUGUUUUUAGUUGUUUCAAACCAAACUUAACAAAAACGUUAUUGCAACGUUUUUUUUCUCUCCAUUCGUCAUCAUCAUCAACAUUAUCAGGCGAUAUUAACCAAAAAAAAACAUGUAUACAAUACAUACAUUUCUUAUCCUGGAUCAAUCAUCAUCACCACCACCAAAGUGAUGAUGAAAUCAAGAUGCAAGAAUAUUCUUCAACCAUUGUUUAACCAAAAAAAAGAAAAGACAACCAAAAUUUUUUUAUUUUACACUUUUCAUUCAUUGAAGAAGAAAACGAAGAUUUACAUAUUGAGAUCUCUAAUUUUUCUAUCGAUUAACUUGUUUUUUUGCCCUGAAAAAAAGUUCACCGAAUCAAACCAAAAAAAAUGGGUAAUUGUGUAACAUCAGAAGAAUCGAAUAAUUUCUUUUCCAAUUCAAAAGAAUCCUAUUGUGAUCAAACAAGAUCACAGAAUUCAAAAUUGGAUUCAAAUCUACAUCGAAAUUCAGUGACAUCAUCACAGAAUGUUAAUAAUAAAUCCAAUACAACUAAUAAUCAUGAUGUAGUGAAUAGUUCAAAUAAAGCUCAAUCAUCACAAUCAUCAUCGGCAUUAGCAUCGGUUUCGAAUUCAUCAAAACAUUCAAACAAAAUAGUCAUUGCAUUAUAUAAUUAUUUUGCUAAUGAUGAAGGUGAUUUAAGCUUUCGAAAAGGUGAUCGUUUACAAAUUGUUGAUGAUACGGAUCCAGAUUGGUGGCUUGCAAAACAUCUUACGACCAAUCAAAAAGGUUACAUUCCCAUGAAUUAUGUUGUAUCCGAAGUGAUUGAAAUGGAAGAAUGGUUUUUUGGCAAAAUCUCACGAAGAGAAGCGGAAAAACUAUUACUUUGUCCAAAUAAUCCAAGAGGAACUUAUCUUAUUCGUUAUAGUGAACAAACUGCCGGUGCCUAUUCAUUAUCAAUCAAAGAUAUUGAUCAACAAAAACGGGAACAUGUUAAACAUUAUAAGAUAAAAGCCAUGGAUAAUGGUGGAUUCUAUGUAACCACAAGAAAAACUUUCAGUUCAUUACAAGAACUUGUUGCAUAUUAUUCUGAAAGUGCUAAUGGUCUAUGUCAUGUAUUGACGAAACCAUGUCCAAAAGCUAAACCAUGUCUGUGGCCAUCGAAAAAAGAUGAAAUUGAUCGUGAUGAUCUACAAUUUGUUCGUGAAUUAGGUGGCGGUAAUUUUGGCAAAGUAUUCUAUGGUACAUACCGUGGCCAAGUUGAAGUAGCAAUCAAAAUGCUUAAGCCGGGUACGAUGUCACCACAAGCAUUCCUGGAAGAGGCGGCAAUCAUGCGAAAAUGUCGACAUGAAAAACUUGUCCCAUUAUUUGGUGUUUGUUCACAAGGUGAACCAUUAUUAAUCGUUACCGAAUUUAUGUGUAACGGUAGUCUUUUGGAUUAUCUACGGAAACGUGAAGGCAAAUUAUUAAAAAUCAACGAUCUUCUUGAUAUGGCCGCUCAAAUAGCCAGUGGAAUGGCUUUUCUUGAAAGUCAAAAACUUAUUCAUCGUGAUCUUGCUGCUCGAAAUAUUUUGGUGGGUAAAAAUCGUAUCGUUAAAGUUGCUGAUUUUGGUCUAGCUCGAGUUAUCGAAGAUUCCGAAUAUACCGCCAGACAAGGUGCUAAAUUUCCCAUCAAAUGGACAGCACCUGAAGCUGCUUUAUAUGGUAAAUUUUCCAUCAAAUCUGAUGUUUGGAGUUAUGGAAUUUUACUAUACGAACUUAUAACACAUGGACAAGUACCAUAUCCAGGCAUGCAUAAUCGUGAAGUCAUUGAACAGGUUGAACGUGGCUAUCGUAUGCCUAAACCAACAAAUUGUGAAUGUUCCGAUUCUGUCUAUUCAAUAAUGCGGCAAUGUUGGGAUGCUGAUCCAGAAAAACGUCCUACAUUUGAAUAUUUAUACGGUUUUUUCGAUGAUUUUCUUGUGGCUGCUGAACCAAAUUAUAGAGAUGCAGAAGAAUUUUGAAUAAUGUAUCAAAUCAAAAAUGCUCAUCUGAAUCGACAUCGAAAUCUCUCAAUCAUUGAAUCCAAAAAAAAGUCAUCAUCAUCAAUAUAUCCAAAGAAAAUUAUCAUUCAACACACCAACAGACACACUUUUCUAUCACGAAUUUGUAAUUAAUUUCUAUCAUCGAAUUUUUUUUUUUUUUUCAAAUUUGUGUUCUCUAUUUUUUUUCCUCUUCUUCUUCUUACGCUUGUCUUGUAUUAUCUAUAUAUCUCUUUACAUCUUAUAUAUUGUGAUCCAUUUUGAUAUGUACAUAACGAAACUAUCAUCAUCAAUUGACAACUACCGAAAAAACGAAAAAAUAAAUUCAAAGGGGCAACUCUGUGUAUUAAUUUUUGUUAA